AUGGUCCUGGGCUAUCGAGAAGAGGUGUGGAAUGGUCCUGGGUUCUUGAGAAGAGGUGUGGAAUGGUCCUGGGCUAUCGAGAAGAGGUGUGGAAUGGUCCUGGGCUAUCGAGAAGAGGUGUGGAAUGGUCCUGGGUUCUUGAGAAGAGGUGUGGAAUGGUCCUGGGUACUUGAGAAGAGGUGUGAAAUGGUCCUGGGCUAUCGAGAAGAGGUGUGGAAUGGUCCUGGGCUCUCGAGAAGAGGUGUGGAAUGGUCCUGGGUACUUGAGAAGAGGUGUGAAAUGGUCCUGGGCUAUCGAGAAGAGGUGUGGAAUGGUCCUGGGCUCUCGAGAAGAGGUGUGGAAUGGUCCUGGGUACUUGAGAAGAGGUGUGGAAUGGUCCUGGGCUCUCGAGAAGAGUUGUGGAAUGGUCCUGGGCUCUCGAGAAGAGGUGUGGAAUGCCCCUGGGUCUCGAGGAGAGUUGUGGGAAACACUGCUGUGAUAUUUUUAAUCUUUAGCUAUAAUGUAACUAAAGUGUGUGUGUGUGUGUGUUUAUUCAGGUGGGUCUCCAGGCUCGGACCCCCAGGUGACCAAUGAGAGUGUCCGCAGCAGGGACCAGAUCCUCCAGACUCUGACUGACCUGUCCAGGGCCUUCCAGGACAUCGCUGACCGCUGUCUGCUGGUCCUCCACCUGGAGGUCAGGUACGUACAGACAUGGACUCUCCAGGAUAAACACCCAGCCUGGGUCAUGUUCAUAAUGACCUUCCCUAUUGGUCAAGUACAGAUAAUACUACCUCCCGCUUCACUCCGUUUUUCUUCCGUUUGGUCACUAGCGAACACAAUCUUGAUUUAUAGAAUCUUCCUCUCCAUGGUUUAACAGUGUUUUCAGUCUUGGUCCUGAGUGGGGGCAGACUGAGUUAGCAGGCUGUUGUUCUGUCAGACUAUCAUGUUGACUGUCAGACCUUGCAUAGUUCCACCUAUGAAUUUCAGGGUGGUUACAUUUGUUGAGCCCUGUCCCUCAACUUUAUAGCAAACCAAGUGGCAGGGCUGUCGUUUUGGAAUUUUAGAACCCCUUUAGGUGUAUGUGUGUGUAUAUAUAUAUAUAUAUAUAUAUAUAUAUAUAUAUAUAUAUAUAUAUAUAUAUAUAUACACACACACAGUGGGGGAAAAAAGUAUUUAGUCAGCCACCAAUUGUGCAAGUUCUCCCACUUAAAAAGAUGAGAGAGGCCUGUAAUUUUCAUCAUAGGUACACGUCAACUAUGACAGACAAAAUGAGGAAAAAAAAUCCAGAAAAUCACAUUGUAAGAUUUUUUAUGAAUUUAUUUGCAAAUUAUGGUGGAAAAUAAGUAUUUGGUCAAUAACAAAAGUUUCUCAAUACUUUGUUAUAUACCCUUUGUUGGCAAUGACACAGGUCAAACGUUUUCUGUAAGUCUUCACAAGGUUUUCACACACUGUUGCUGGUAUUUUGGCCCAUUCCUCCAUGCAGAUCUCCUCUAGAGCAGUGAUGUUUUGGGGCUGUCGCUGGGCAACACGGACUUUCAACUCCUUCCAAAAAUGUUCUAUGGGGUUGAGAUCUGGAGACUGGCUAGGCCACUCCAGGACCUUGAAAUGCUUCAUACGAAGCCACUCCUUCGUUGCCCGGGCGGUGUGUUUGGGAUCAUUGUCAUGCUGAAAGACCCAGCCACGUUUCAUCUUCAAUGCCCUUGCUGAUGGAAGGAGGUUUUCACUUAAAAUCUCACGAUACAUGGCCCCAUUCAUUCUUUCCUUUACACGGAUCAGUCAUCAGUCCCUUUGCAGAAAAACAGCCCCAAAGCAUGAUGUUUCCACCCCCAUGCUUCACAGUAGGUAUGGUGUUCUUUGGAUGCAACUCAGCAUUCUUUGUCCUCCAAACACGACGAGUUGAGUUUUUACCAAAAAGUUCCUUGUGAUCAUUUUGACCCCACGGGGUGAGAUCUUGCGUGGAGCCCCAGAUCGAGGGAGAUUAUCAGUGGUCUUGUAUGUCUUCCAUUUCCUAAUAAUUGCUCCCACAGUUGAUUUCUUCAAACCAAGCUGCUUACCUAUUGCAGAUUCAGUCUUCCCAGCCUGGUGCAGGUCUACAAUUUUGUUUCUGGUGUCCUUUGACAGCUCUUUGGUCUUGGCCAUAGUGGAGUUUGGAGUGUGACUGUUUGAGGUUGUGGACAGGUGUCUUUUAUACUGAUAACAAGUUCAAACAGGUGCCAUUAAUACAGGUAACGAGUGGAGGACAGACGAGCCUCUUAAAGAAGAAGUUACAGGUCUGUGAGAGCCAGAAAUCUUGCUUGUUUGUAGGUGACCAAAUACUUAUUUUCCACCAUAAUUUGCAAAUAAAUUCAUUAAAAAUCCUACAAUGUGAUUUUCUGGAUAAAAACAUUCUCAAUUUGUCUGUCAUAAUUGAUGUGUACCUAUGAUGAAAAUUACAGGCCUCUCUCAUCUUUUUAAGUGGGAGAACUUGCACAAUUGGUGGCUGACUAAAUACUUUUUUCCCCCACUGUAUACAGUUCUGGAAAAAAUUAAGGAAUGGAAUGGCUGUCAUACAUGUAGAGAUGCUGAUUUAAGAAAAAUUAGCAGUGGUCUCUUAAUUUUUUCCAGAGCUGUAUAUCGUAAUUUUUUUUUGUGUAAAUUAUUAUUAUUUGAUAAAAUAUUGAAUUUGGCCUUUAGUACCAAAUCCCAUAGAAACGCAUUUAAUAACAUUCAUAAAUGGCAAAAAAGACAGUCAAAAAAUAAGGAAUAAGGUUUUAAAGUGUCUGUCCUAUAUCUACGAGAUAUAAGAUAGCUCAGGAAUUAUAUGUAAUUUUUUUGUGGUAGGCACAACACUACCUCCAUACUUCAAUUCGUUUUUUAAACCAGUACCAGUUACCUUCAGACUAGUUAGUUUGUAGCCCAAAAGGUUUGGACGCUACAAACAGAAGUUGGCACAUUGACAGUACCGACUUCAGACGAGUCCCGUGACACUUGUGGAGACCACCUUCGUGUUCUUGAGAGUCUCAUCUUUCCAUAGAGUGGUCCUUUGGGAUGUCUCAUGGUCUGACAAACACCGCUCUAGCUCUGCCACCUUUCACCGUAUAUGCGGAAGUGCGACAUUGGCGGAUGCGGUGCGUCAAUCGACUCUAGGGGGUCAAACAAGUGCAAGACAAUCUAAUAAUACACUCAGACCAAUUUCUUCCUCUGGAUCCAGUGAGUACGUCCAUUAACGUCCAAAACGAGUGAUUUACCAAGCAAACCCAGAAAACAACCAACUCUCUCCAUCAACAGCCCCUAACAGCCCCCAUCUCCUCCUCCCUCUCUCCAUCCAUCCUUCCUCUCCUCCUCCCUCCUCAUCCCUCCUUCUCCUUCUCCUCCUCCCUCUCUCCAUCCCUCCAUCUCCUCCUCCCUCUCUCCAUCCCUCCAUCUCCUGCUCCCUCUCUCCAUCUCUCCUUCUCCUCCUCCCUCUCUCCAUCCCUCCAUCUCCUCCUCCAUCUCUCCAUUCCUCCAUCUCCUGCUCCCUCUCUCCAACCCUCCAUCUCCUCCUCCAUCUCUCCUUCUCCUCCUCCCUCUCUCCAUCCCUCCUCCCUCUCUCCAUCCCUCCAUCUCCUGCUCCCUCUCUCCAUCCCUCCUUCUCCUCCUCCCUCUCUCCAUCCCUCCAUCUCCUGCUCCAUCUCUCCAUCUCCUCCUCCCUCUCUCCAUCCCUCCAUCUCUCCUUCUCCUCCUCCCUCUCUCCAUCCCUCCAUCUCUCCAUCUCCUCCUCCCUCUCUCCAUCCCUUCAUCCCUCAUGAUGGCUCUGAGAUAUUGUUUAGCUUAUGCAGUAUUGUUUAUGAUUGCCCCGGAAAAGAGAGGGGGCGAGAAACACUCCCUGAGCUCUGCACUACUCCCUACUCCUCCACGCCUUAUUGACUUUAACCCAUUAAGCAAAUUUCCCUCAACAAUACUGGGUGGCAAAUGGUGCCAUCAGGAAGAGGAGAUUGAGAGACACAUGGAGAGGGAGGGAGAGAAGGAGACGGAGUGUGAUAGGGAGGGAGGGAGGGAAAGAAAGAAAGAAAGAAAGAAAGAAAGAAAGAAAGAAAGAGAGGGAGGGAGGGAGGGAGGGAGGGAGUGAUUGUUCCAUGGUGGAUGAAUUCAGUGAAACAUCCCAGUAGAGCUGAGUGAUAUGGACAAAAAAACAUAUUUUGAUAAAUUGCCUGAGUUGAUGUGAUAAAUAGAACUAUACGUUUAUAACAUUAAUGUGCACCACCGCUUUUUUAUUAUCCUUUAAACUACUACUACUAGUUUGAAUGUUGUAGCCAUCAAUUGUCCCAUUAACAAUCACCCAUAUUAGCUUAUUUCAUUUCAAACUUCACAUUUCUCUAGUAUAGGCUACUUAUUGUAAUGAACGAUAUCGGCCAAAUGCCUGCGAUAAGUGAUCGGUAUGGUCGGUGUCAAUAAUUGUUGGUUAAUCGUCCCAGCUCUACAUCCCAGGAACCUGAUUCCUUGACCAUCAUGACUUCAUCUACCAGUAGGAUGUGGUUGGACUAAACACACUCAACAAUAUCCUCUGUCUAUCCCCUCUCCUCCCCUCCUCUAUCUAUCCCCUCUCCUCCCCUCCUCUGUCUAUCCCCUCUCCUCCCCUCCCCUGUCUAUCCUCUCUCCUCCCCUCCUCUGUCUAUCCUCUCUCCUCCCCUCCUCUGUCUAUCCCUCUCCUCCCCUCCUCUGUCUAUCCCCUCUCCUCCCCUCCUCUGUCUAUCCUCUCUCCUCCCCUCCUCUGUCCUAUCCUCUCUCCUCCCCUCCUCUGUCUAUCCUCUCUCCUCCCCUCCUCUGUCUAUCCCCUCUCCUCCCCUCCUCUGUCUAUCCCCUCUCCUCCCCUCCUCUGUCUAUCCCCUCUCCUCCCCUCCUCUGUCUGACUCCCCUCUCUCCUCCCCGUCCUCUUGAUCUAUCUCCCUCUCCCCUCCUCCUGUCUAUCCCUCUCCUCCCCGCCUCUAGCGAGCCCCUCUCCCGCCCCCGCGGUCGAGCCGCUCUCCUCCCCUCCUCUUCUAGCCCGCUCCUCCCCGCCUCGUCGAAUCCUCUGUCGCCCCGCCGCGGCCCGAGCCUCUCCUCCCCUCCGCUGUCUGCCCCUCUCCCUCCCCGCCGCUGGCGAGCCUCGCUCCUCCCCUCUCGGGCGAAGCCCCUCUCUUCCCCGCCGCUUCCUAGCCGCGGUCCCCCCCCGCCCGAAAGGUGCUGCGAGCUCCGCUUUCCCCCCCCUCUGUCUAUCCUCUUGCUCCGCCCCUCCUCGGUCUCUCUCUCCUCCCCGGCCUCUUCUAUCCCCCGCCUCCCUCCUCUGUCGAUCCUCUUUCUCCCCUCCUCUGUUAUCCUCUCCCCCUCCCCUCGGCGUCCCCUCUCCUCUCCGCUCCUCCUCUGUCUUCCCCUCGCGCCCCGCCUCUGUCCAGCCUCUCGCCUCCCCUCCUCUAUCCUAUCCUCUCUCCUCCCUUCAUAGUGCAUUGUUUCCACUAACCUGAUUCCCCUGGCCAAGCAGGGGAACUAUGCCAUAGUGGCCACGUGGAGAGCAUGGACUACGACCCCCUUGUGUGUCAAACUCAACAAG